AUGGCUUCGACCAGGACUGUCGUUAUUGGUCUUGCCUCCGCCGUCGGCAUGAUCCAGAUGGCUCCCGCUCCCGUCCCCGUCAUCGCUGCCAUCGCCGGCGCUGCUGUCCGCGCCGCCGCCACCUACCUCGCCGAGCGCGACCCCCACCCCGGCGUCUCCCAGGAGUCCAUCGACCAGUGCAUCCAGCAGAUCAACGGCCAGAAGAACCAGGGCAGGAGCGUCGAGAUCUCUGGCGAUGAUGACAUGUACACCAUCAACGUCUACGUCCCCGCGGCCUGCAUGAACCUCGCCAUCGUCCUCUCUGGUCACCCUGCCCAGAAUGGCGACCCCGUCCCCAUUCCUAUGGGCUCUGACAGCCUCCAGUACCUUGGUGUCUCUACUGAGGACCGCCAGAACCUCGCUGACGCCCUCGGUGCUUAA